AUGGCAAGUGAUUCAGGAAGUUUUGCUACACCAUGUGUUCCUAAAUUCGAUGGAGACUACGAGAAUUGGAGUUUGUUCAUGGAAAAUCUCUUGCAUUACAAGGAAUAUUGGAGUGCUAUUCAAUCUGGUUUCGAGGAACCAAAAGGAAACGAAGCACUAAGCGCAGCACAGCAAAAGGAUACUGCCAAUCAAUUGUGGGAUUUAAUGAAACUCAAAUAUCAAGGAAAUGCUAGAGUGAAGCGAGCCCAGCUACAACGACUUCGCAGAACAUUUGAAACUUUAGAGAUGAAAGCAGGAGAAGGUGUUUCCGAGUAUUUUACAAGAGUUAUGUCUAUUGCUAUUGACAUGAGGAAAUACUUCGAAGCAUCUUUGCUUGUACAUGAACAAGAGGUGAUUGAUAAGAGGAGUGAAGAGCAGGUUCUGCAGGUAGAGAAUAUACCAAGGUAUGGACAAGGAAGAGACAGAGGGACAUUUCAGAGAGGAAGAGGCUUAGAAAAAGAAGCUGUCAAUUAUGUUGAAUUUGACGAGGAGGAAGAACUACUAUUGAUGGCGUACACAAAGAAAAGUAAAGUUGAAAGAGAAGGCAUUUGGUUUCUUGAUUCUGGGUGCUUAAAUCAUCAUAUGACAGGGAACAAAACAUGGUUCGUUGAGCUUGACGAAAGUUUCAAACACACCGUGACAAAUGUCUACUAUGUCCCCAAUCUCACCAACAAUUUGCUAAGUAUAGGGCAGCUACAUAGAAGAGCUUAG